UUAAUAAACCAGAGGCAAUUAAAUUAUUUGAAUUUCUUUACUCACUUCUUAAGCUUCCAGACUGGCAUGUACUUGGUGGUCAAGUUCUGAAUGAUGCAACUAAAGAAUCUGAAAAAACAAUAUUAUCUACUUUAAAAGAAGAUCCAAUUGGCAUCACGCUUACAUUUGAUGGUGUAGUUAUAAUCACAUCAGAAGGUAGACCAUAUGUUUGGAAGGCAAUGGAUAUUAGUUUGAAAUAUGAAACGCAUAUAAAUAUAAUUGAAAAAAUCAAUUUAAUGUUUACUGAAUUAAGUGCACAAUCAAUAAAAGCUAUUGCCGUUAUAACAAAUAGUGCAGGAGCAUAUGCUACCGCUAG